ACAGCUAGAGAGAAAGACCCACCAGUUGCAUGGAAAAAAACUAAAAAAGUUUAACUGACAAGUACAGGCGUCUUUCACAUUCAGCAACUAAAUUAAAGCAGCAAAAACAGUGCUUGCAAGCAAAGCUCUCUCGCGCGCACAAAUACACAACAUAAGAACGCGUUGUUUACUCCCCUCCAUCAGCGUAUGGAACGUAAGAGAAUUCUGGAAAGAGGGGAAUGCCCGGAUGGAAUUCGGAUUUCUUUAAAGAAGUGAAGAAAUAGUGAAAAGACCCUUCUCUGCCACGUCUGAACCUGCCCUGUCAGUUGUUUUCAGCUCCAAACCCACAGAGGAAGCCGGAGGACUAAGGGAUAAUUUCAUUCUUUUACGUCCUGCAAUGCAGCCGAUUACACCUGGUCUUACCAUCUUUCCACUGCUGCUGGCUGUACAUAGCGUCUGGUCCACUUCUUCACAAGAACCUAAAGCACCAGGCAAACCUCAGUUAGAAAUCUCCAGCCUCCAUCACCCCACCUGGACCCUCGGGCUGCAACUCUACCGGUCACUUCGCGCAGACGGUUCCCAGACCAAUACUCUUAUCUCUCCUCUUCUUUUAGCCAACUCCCUGCUGGCCCUAGGUGGUGGUGCUAAAGGUUCCACGGCAGGUCGAUUUCACAAUCUCCUGAAGAUCACCAAAGAUGAGAAUGCAGUCAGAGAGGCUCUGACCGAUGCUUUCAAGUCUGUGAGUAAAGCUAAUGGAACCAGCUUCACCCUGCACAGUUCUUCUGCACUGUUUACCAAACAAGCCCCUAAACUAGAGAAGAGCUUUCUGGACAACCUUCAGUCCCAGUUUGGAGUGCAGCAUGUGGCACUGGAGGAUGGAAAGAAACACGAUGUCAUGGAGACACUAAGGUCCUGGGCUAAAGGUGGAAUGGGUGGAGAGGAAACAGCGGCUCUUAACCAGAAACUGUACACCAAAGCUGGAGCCAUGAUGUUGGCUAAUGCACUGCACUUUAAAGGAUUUUGGGAUAGAGGCUUUGAACUAGAUAACCAAGACCUGCGCAACUUCUUGGGUACCAAAUACACCAAGGUUCCUUUGAUGCACAGAUCAGGCAUUUACAGACACUUUGAAGACAUGGAGAACAUGGUACAAGUGUUGGAGCUGGAUCUGUCUGAGGGGCAGGCCAGCAUAGUGCUGCUUUUGCCCUUCCACGUGGAGAGUUUAGCACGACUGGACCGCCUUCUGACAUUGGAACAGGUGGAGAAGUGGCUGGAAAAACUUAAAUCCACAAGCAUGGCGCUGUCCCUUCCUAAAACCAAGCUUAGUAGCAUGGUCCAUCUAGAGAAACAGCUAGGCUCUCUCGGUCUGGAAGGUGUGUGGAACGAGACAUCGGCUGAUUUCUCAAGCCUGGGAAAGGGGAAGCUCCAUUUGGCAGCUGUGCUGCAGUGGACAUCACUUGAACUGGAUCAUGAGUCCGGCAGCAAGGAUGGCGUGCAUGAGGACGAGCAUGUGGAAAAGCCAAAACUCUUCUAUGCUGAUCAUUCCUUCAUAAUAUUAGUAAGAGACAACAGUACUGGGGCAUUGCUCAUGAUCGGUGCUCUGGACCACACUGAGGGCGCUGCAAUUCACGACGAGCUGUAGAGCCAAAAUGACUAAACAAUAAAGCAGUUGUUUACUGCAAAUGUCUUUUAAUAACCUAUUGUAUGCUGUAUAUGUUGACAUGUAGCAUUUUCUUUUAACAGAUAUGAAAUAUAGGAUGGGUGAUAUUAACUAAUUCCCCGCCAUUGACGAGUUAUCUCGUCAAUUAAUAGAAAACAUUUGCCUGAAAAAAACGUGUUUCUGAUGAGUUUUUAUGGUAAUCUGUAAUACUGCGAUUAUCCACUAGACUCUUUAAGCAAAACAUAGUAAAUUUUAAUUUUUAUUAAUUUUACACUUCUUAUGUUUUGAUAGUCAUUCUGAAUCUGAUCUCUGAACAAAAUUCCUUCACAAAAAUGCAAUUAUUUCAGCUAUUUUCUCAAAAUGUUGUAUUUUUACAAACAAAGGAUGAAGACAGGAUGAAACUUUUUUCCUGUUUUGUUUGGUUGAAAGCAGAGGGUCUGUUUGUAUUUUUGUAUGUUUAUAUUUUUAGAAGAAAAUUUUCCUGAAAGGCAUUUGGAAAGUACGCAUGGAAAGCAAACAUCUCAUUUUUAAAGCCUCAUACAGCUUGUGCCUAUGUGCUAUGCAUCAUUGUAUUGUAGCAUUAAAAUAACAAACUUGAAAGCACGUUGACAAAACUGUAGGCUACAUCACCUUUAAACCUUUAUUGUCCCUGUCAGAACAGUUCUAUGAGACCCAUUCUUUCUAAAUGAGUGGGAUGUUUUCAGAAAAAAAUAAGUAGCCUACAUUAAUUCAAAUAUAGUAAUUAAACAUCUAAAAUGAUUGUUAUUUGCAAGUUUUCUGAGAAUGAAAUAUACCCUACUACUACUCAUACAUCCACAUGUCUGACAUCUUGGUUUCGGUUUAAAAACAUGCAGGGAAUUGAAAAUAAAAUGCAUGACUUGCUUGAUGUUUAAAGAGUUAUUAAGGGAGAUAAAGUUCGGGAACUGAUUUAUGUUAAAAAGUUAUUAAGAUCGACAAACUCGCGCUGACUGACAGAUCCGAAAUGCACGCAGAGACACGCAAGUGCGCACAGUAUACACAGAAUAGUUCAAAAAACAAAAGCAUAAUAAGCAUUACAACAAACUUGCGGAGCUCAUUUUUAUCUAUGUCCAUACAGCGUUUGCGCGAACAUAACAAAUUGUUAAAAAAAAACUCUCUCAUUAAUCUUCAUCUUAAUAAAUAAAUAAUCAGAUAUUCGUUUAAACUUUUUAAUAACAGUAUGCUCUAUUAAAAUUCAGUUUUGACUUAGUUCAAAACAAGCAACAUGAUUUGAAACAAAAAGGUAAUUAGAAAGAUUUAAUUCAAAUGUUUCAGUUGUUAUUUGCUUAAUUUAUUUUUAUGUUAAUUGCAAUCCAUGUCAUAGUAAUCUUCAGUUUAAAUUUAGCUUUUAAAUGUUACAUUUUCAUAUUUUUAUCUAUUUGCUUAUUUAUUUUAUAUUCACCUAGAUUGACCAUAAAGCUUGUUUCGAUUAGAAGUAAUUAAAAGAUCAUCUACCGGAGUCACCGGAGACACAGAGUUAUUAACGAAUAUUUUAUUAUCAGAGUGCAGCAUUUUAUCAAGGUUUUUUGGUCUUGUGUAAUUAAAUAAAACGAAAAAAAAACCUAACAGCUGAUUUUUAACAGCUGGGUUUAAAGAAGUUUGAUAUUAGCAGUUUUUAAGAUUUUAAACUAAUUCCAAAACAGCGUUUCUAAAUAAGGGUUGCGCCGAAAAUGUCAUUUAUGUCAUUUUAUAGAUUGCACUCAUUUACUUCACACAUUAUUCGUGCUUUAAGGGGUUUAUAAUUUAGAGCUGUUCCAGUUAACACGUGAUUAUGUCUGGCCGAAUAAUUUCUGUUAUUCGGAUGAAUUCGUUAUUCGUUUUGACAACACAGUCUCACACCC